GCGUGACUCUCAGACACGUGACCAGCGAGAAGCAAAGGAGGAUUGUGAGGCAGUGCAAACCCUAUUAUUUAUAUUUUGCUAAAUACAUUUUAAAAAUGCUGGACUUUGAACCGGAGCGAUACAGUACGAUGGAGAAUAGACUGCGAUUUCUAACUUAAAAGUGAAGAUGUCUUGGGAUCAUUAAGUCGCUCACUGAGUCUGUAGGUGACUGCCAGGAAGACUGAAAAGAUGAAUGCAUUAGUUGCCUUUUGUCACUUCUGUGAACUCCACGGGCCUCGGACGCUGUUUUGCACCGAGGCUGUUCAUCCACCAUCACCCUCGCCUCCUCAGCCUGGAUCAGCGUGGAUGCCUGACCGAGAACCUGAAGGAGAACGUGAUGGAGAGGGACUCACCAUGAAGGCCAACAGCUCAGACACACACAGAGCUGACAUGUGUGAGGGCUGUCGCUCCCUCCCUGUGUCUCACCCUGGCUUUGUGAGUGUGGACAGUGAGACAGGGAUUCGCUUCCUUAGUCAUCAGCACCCACGUCAGCCUCAGCUGUUCAGCGUGGUGCGGCAGGCUUGUGUGCGCAGUCUGAGCUGUGAGGUGUGUCCAGGUAGAGAAGGACCCAUCUUUUUUGGGGAUGAGCAGCAUGGUUUUGUGUUCUCGCACACGUUCUUCAUCAAAGACAGCCUGGCACGUGGCUUCCAGCGCUGGUACAGCAUUGUUAUAGUGGCCAUGGAUAGGAUCUACCUCAUCAACUCCUGGCCUUUCCUGCUGCGCCACCUCAAAAUCACCAUCCAGAGUCUGCAGAGCACAGCACUCCAGGUGUUUGAUAGCGAGCAGGUGGUGUGCCCUCAGAGAGCUGUACGGAUUUUUUCACCAGCAGGGUUUCCUCAUCAACGCAACGGCAAUGCAGCUCGUUCUCUAACCUCUCUUACCCAGCAUCCCAACCUGUGGGAGAGCCUGCACACUUCUUUCAGUUGGUUGCUAAAGGCAUGUGGGAGCCGACUGACUGAAAAAUUACUCGAGGGAGCGCCAACUGAAGACACACUUGUCCUCAUUGAAAGAAAAACAGAACAAGAAGAGGAGAUGAAUGCUGAGGGAGGAGACAGUAUAGCUCAGGAGAGCCAGUCAGACACCACACAGGACAGAGAUUUUCUGUGUGGUGAUGAUGGAAAAGAUGAAGAGCCUCUUGGUCCAAAAUUCAAAUCUCUGAGACAUUUACGACAGGUCCUUGGUGUGGCAGAGUUCAGACAGCUGGCAUGGCAUGUGCUAAUGGGAAACCAAGUAAUAUGGAGAGGCGAGGACUGUGGUCUUAUCCAGUCAGCUUUUAACAUGCUCAAGGCUUUGCUCCCAGUGGGUUGUGUUCGUGUGGUGCCUUACAGCACACAAUAUGAAGAAGCAUAUCGAUGCAAUUUCCUGGGUCUGAGCCCUGACGUGCAAAUCCCAGCUCAUGUCACUUCUUCCGAGUUCAUGGUGUUGGUAGAGGUGCUGAAUGUGGAACAGGGCAGAGCGUAUCCUGCAUACAGUGAUGAUCUCCUUUCACUGUACCAGUUCAAUAUCACCAGCGCUAAUACACAACCGACAGACAAAGGACCAACGCUGUUGAAUAAGAUCGAUCUGGCACUGGCUAAUGAGAAUCUGUCUGUGGAUGUGGUGUCUCAUUGUUUGCUCUGUCUAAAGGAGGAGUGGAUGAAUAAAGUGAAAGUGCUGUUUAAGUUCUCCAAGGUGGAUGGAAGGGGUAGGGAGGACACACAGAAGGUUUUAGCCCUGCUGGGGGCCACUGGACACGGAGAAGAGGAUAACGUGCGUCUCCUUAAGUUCUGGAUGACAGGACUGAGCAAGACGUACAAGAGCCAUCUAAUGACCGCCGUCCGAGGAGUAGAGAGAACACUGAGUCAAUAAGUGUGUGUGAGCGAGAGAGUGAACAUUAGCAGUGCUCCAAAACCAUUCCGUUGUGAAUAUGUGAGGUGGUGUGUUUUGAAGGGGUUUUUGUAUUGCAUCGUGUGUUUUAUGGGUGAAUUAAAAUUGUCUAAGAGUGAUGUAGCCACUUGCAAAACUGUUCAACUACAUGGAGAUUUUCAGCUGUCACAUUCUUACAAAUUUAUAUCAUUUCUCAGUUACUGACAAUAGGAGGGAUGCACAAUAUUCGAUUCAUUAUCAAAUCUUUGACUUUGGCAUUGUUAUUGCAAAAGGCUUUUCUUUUUCUUAAGGAGGUUCCUU